GACUCCCUCGGAUAGUAUAACACUGUUAUAAACUAACAAACGGCCACGUGUCUGAAAAUAUAAGUAAAACAAGAACAGACCGAUUAGCGAAAGAAUAAAACACUUUUGCAUAUUGUACAGGACAGCCGCCUCGCAGUGAGCGGUGUAUGUGCGAUUAUUUAUCCGUUCUGGUUCUGGUACUCUGCUGAACAGCUCUCAGUCAGCUCUGUGUAAUCCCCGGAUGAAGCUGUCAUGGCUGCCAUUCGCUGAGCUGUCAAGCCUACAAAAGAAAGGUAAAAAGCCAACCGAAUUCUCGAAUUAUGCCGUCGUUGUCAAUUUUGUCGGAACUUUCACACUGAGAAUUGAAAUGGAUCAAGUACAUGCUGAAGUAGAUGUCCUGGCUGGGAGUAAUAUUACAGUUUUCAAUGAUGAGGACAGAAAUUGGCAGAAACGACUCCGUCUCAGGAAAACUGUUGUUAAACCCCCAACUAUGCGAAGUGAAGAUAAGCAUGGGCCAAAGAAGAUAACAGAAGACAAGAAGAAAAGCACAGAAUAUUUGAACAAGACACCCCUUCAUGCACAACCGAGUCAACAUGUGUCAAAGGUUUCUGGAAAAAUACUCUGGUUAAGAUGCUCUGAAUGCACGGACAAAAGAGAAUUCAGCCCAAAUGACUUACUGCGGCACUUUCAGGAGAAUCACCCGGGAAGUCAACCAAAGUUUCCUUGUGACAUGUGCGCUUUUAGUACAUAUGAAUUCUCCCACCUUCAAGUCCAUCAAUUUGGUCACAGAGACACUUUUGUCAGCUGCAACAUAUGCAAUGACAAUGUCUUACGCACUCUCUUGCAGCUUACCACACAUUUAAACAUGAACCACAGCUCAAAUGGCCACUACUGGUGCGAGAAGUGCAAGUUCUCCACAAGGGAUGUCGGAACAUUUUUGGAGCACAUGUAUCUACAUAACAUGGGGCCUCAAGCAUGUGGCAUGGCGGAUCAUUCAAAUUCUGCUGACCAGGAUUGGCAAAAACGUCACAUUGCCAAAACCGCACAAUUCCCCUUCAGUUGCCAGUUCUGUGACUAUAAAGCGCAUCGAAAAGAUAUAAUUACAAAGCACACAGACACUGUUCAUGGAGAAGAGAGCCAGAGGAAUAAGCCCAAAAUGAAAGGGGUUGGUCCUAAAACAGUAGAUAACUCUUCGCCAACACUGAAGCACCCAGUGACAAGAAGUACAGCUCGGGAAAAUAAUUGGAUGUCACAUGGCUGUCUUUCUCUGCCGGGCGACGCAUUCUUGGAUAAAUAUUGCAGACUGUCAAAUCCAGAGAAGGCUUUGGAGGAGACACAGCAAUUUUUAGAGAAGUCUGUGGCAGCUGAAACUGAUGGACAUACAUGGAGUGAAGCUCUUAAGACUGUACUUUCAAAUGUACCCCAGCCUUUAUCUUCUUUUUCAAACUCUGACAACUGCAAGAUAUCCAACCCUGAAUUCCCAAACACAGGCAAGGACCUUGCCCUCCUCAUGCUCAAAAACAAUAUUUCUUUUCCUACGAAUGGAACUACUGAACCCAUUGGUUUCAAAAUGGUGGAAGGCAAAAAGCAUUUGCUUUUCAAGGCUACACAAUCAGCAAAGCAAGAGGCAUUUGACACAACAAAGAUGUCAAUGUCUGUCACUGAGCAGGAAUCAGAGAAUAUUGCUUCCCAACCAUGUACUAAGGACUGCAAUGCAAACGGACGCCAAUCAAAUUCAGUUAUCCCCCUUAAGACCACGCCACCAGGAUCAGUCUUAACCCAAAAUGAUUUUGCCACUAUUUCAGCCAUAAAUGAUUUAGUAAAAUAUGAUAAAACUCAGGAAAAUAGAGAGAACCAGGAAACAAGAGUUGGUCAGGAGCUCAGAGAACACCAGAGAAAUGAUGCAAAAUCCAAAGAAGUAAAUCACUGUGAAGAAAUGACAGAUGACAUCAAAGUGCCGACUUUGUUAAAGGAGAAAAGUGAGAGAGAGCAACAAUCCUUCCUUGAGCGUCUGCGCUCUGCCAAGACUGUGGGGGACAAAAAGAGGGGCCAAAAGAAAGUGUCCAGCUCUAAAACUGUAGAGAAAAAAUCAUCACCAGCAUUGAAGCUCCUCCUGAAGAAGAACCCAGUGAAGGAAAUGCAAUGGAUGUCACAAAGUCCCUUUCCUUUGUUAGGAGGAGGCUUACUAAAUGACUUAAACAAAUUAGAGCAUCCACAGAAAACUUUGGAUGAGACACAGGAUUUUCUUAAAAGAGCAUUGUUGGUAGAGAAUGGCAAAAUUAAACUGACCAAAUGUCCAAAGACCUACCAGAAAUUCAACUCCAAGGCAGACAUUGGGUCAUCAAAAUCAGAGGCAGGCCUUACUCCAAACCCUGGACAUUUCAGCCCAGAUGGUAUCAGUCUUUGCGCCCUCAUGACAAAAAGUACAAUUUCACUUCCUCCCAAUCACACUACGGACGCCAUGGGUUUCAAAAUGGUGGAUGGCCAAAAACGUCUGGUGCUUAAGGCCACACCAUCAGCAACGCAAGAAACCUCUGACAAAACAGAGACCUUUAUGCAUUCCAUUGUGUCAAAGGAAGAUGCCAAUGAAUCUGAAAAGAUUUUUAUGAGCGAGAACAGUUUAAUUGUCAAGGAGAAAAUCCAGCCCAAUUUAAAUAUCCCUCCAAGCAUCCAAACAAACAGUAGCUUGGAAUAUAAUUUAGAAAAUUUGGAGCUUCCAAACACUAACGUCAGUUCUGAAAACACUGGAAGACUGAGCAAGGGCAUGGAUUCUCUUGUCCUUGAGGGUCAAGCUUCCCCAAGGGUAGGCCUACCUCAUGUAUCUAAUGGAGAAAGAUCUGCUGGAAAUCCUUUGGGCCUAAUGGCUGAGGAGAAGUUGGAGGAUGUCAACUGUCAUCAGUCUGACACGGAAGGGGUCAGGAUUACAGCAGCUCACAGUGCCAUGAUAUCCCACUCCCCCAUACACUUUACUUCCCCGCAAGGUUUUACCAACUUGUCUGACAAUCUGGUCCACACUCCAGAAAUUUGUUCUCAGGACUGCUGUCCAAAUACCAAGCUAAGAGAUCGAGGAGAUCAGGGCCUUACCAGAACUGGCUCACCGUUGCAAAAUGAACAAACAGUCAGAGCAAAGAGGCACAGUGAUCUGUCCACAGGGGAGUCUUUUGAGCCCCUCUCAAAGGCCAAUAAGUCCUCUGGCCAAGUUGUGGUAGAAGAAGCAGCGGCCUGUCACUGGGAACCAGGCCGUAGAGAUGUGGAGAGGACCCUGAAGCUGUUGCCAUUAAGCCCCACUCAACUUAUUAAACGUCCAAGGGGAGACCAACCUGUUGUAGUGCUGAAUCACCCAGACACAGACAUUCCUGAAGUUACAAAUAUCAUGAAAACAGUCCACCGGUACAAAGAGGAAGUCCAGAAGGUAGUGCUGUCUCGAAAAACAUUGAAUGCCCUUGCAGCUAUUGGUGGCGAUGCAUUUAGCACGAACGCCUCAGAGAAUUUCCAAACCCCUUUUUGUCAAAGUGUGUGGCCUGAAAACAGAGUGAAAGAGCGAUUUCUUUUGAAAAUGAAGCUGAAAAAGAUGAGCAGAAGAAAGUACAAAGUGAUGAAUGCAAUCUCGCAUACUGCCGAGCCUCAGUUAAGAUUUAGAUGCUGGUUUUGUGGUCGAGUCUUCAGUGAUCAGGAGAUCUGGAUUCGCCAUGGUCAGCGACAUGUGAUGGAAUCUACAGAGAAUGAUCAGUCAUGAAUGUUAUCUACACUGGACACUGAGUUGAGAGAGCUGCUCCUGCACUAAAACAAUGGACAGCAAAUAUGACGUAUGGAAAAUAUCUUUUUUUUUUACUGUCUUAUUAGAGGAAUAUUGUUGAUAAUGACAACGAAAUUAUAGUUUCCAAAAUGGGUGUAACUUAAUGUGAGUUCUUCAAAAAUACAUGGCUGUAAUACUCAGGUAAUUUUAGCAUUUUACUUUGGAUUUUUUUUCCUCCCUUUGCUCAAAUCGAAGUAUUUAAUUUGGAACCCACUGACAUUUUAGUGCUACCAUUAUUUUAAAUUGCAAUACAAUGCUAUUUAAGUUGAUGUAAGUACACUGUCAUAAGGAAUCGUUCAAAGAACACUGUAAUAAGGACACAAAUGAGCCAUAUUCCAGGAAGCUCGAAACAUGAAAAUGUAACAUUAUACGGGUAGGCCUAUGUACAGUCAUGUACAAAAGUAAGUACACCCCCUGGAAAGUUCUCUUUUUAUAUAUGGACGUAUGGAUAUUUAAUGGUCACUUCAACAGUGGGUUCUUAAGAGACUUGCGCAUCUUCCGGUCAGUUCUUGGGCAGAAUUUGGUGGGACGACUCGUCAUUGUAGAUUGACGAUGGUUUGGGAUUUGUAGAUGAUCUGUCAAACGGUAGAAUGAUGUACUUUGAAUUGUUUGGAAAUAGCUUUGUUACCACUCCCAAACUCAUGGGCGUCAAUAAUCUUUUUUCGGAGGCCCUAGGAUAAGUUGUUUGAUCUUGGCGUGAUGUGUUACCACCAAUAUGAGUAAGAACAAACUAAAUGUUUCUAAUAUGUAAUGGAAGGCUAGACACUCCCACCUCACUCUAAUGAUCUUCUAAUCAUUUGCACCUGUGUUGGUGCACCUGAUAAUAAUUGUGGCCAUUUUAUGUGAUCGUAAAAAGAGGGGUGUAUUAAUGUUUUUUUCAUGUAAAUGGCAUAAAUGGUUUCAAAGUAAAACAUUUUGGGUGUGAUUUGUUGUUACCUUUAUCAACGAUGUGUUUGGAAUUUACCUCAAAUAUCCCUGUGUCCAAAUACGUAAAAAUAUAACUUUCCAAAGGGUGUGCUUUUUCACAUGACUGUAAUGUAUAUAUGUAUGUAUGUGUGUGUGUGUGUGUGGGGGCGUGUGCGUUUGCGUGUGCGCGGUUGGUACAAUGGCAAAUUUCAUGUUACUAGGCCAUACCAUACCAGCAUUGUCUGAAAAGCUAUUUUCUUUUACGUUUUAUUUCUAUUGCAGAUGUACACUGUUUUUUUUCCCUUCUAUGAUUAACAGUAGAAAAUAGUGAAUGUUUGUUUUGUUUGUAGGCAUACAGUACUUACUAAACAUAGUCAUGGGGUCAAAUGUAGUGUUACCAAAGUGUAGGGCACAUUUUGUUAUGAAGGCACUGCAUUAGUAGCAGAUGUAGUACUAAGAAUAUUCCUUUUUUAUAAUUUAACAAAAUCAAUCAAAUGUCACAAGAUGACAAAUGACAUUUGUGCAUAUAGGAAAAGAUGGUUUUACAUGCAAAGGCUAAGUGUGUUUUUCAGGAAGAAGUUCCCAUUGUGACUUGAAAUGAUUAUCCGUUUUUUUUAAUUGCACUUUGAAGGGACAGUAAAUAUUUCUUCCCAUUACCUCACUUUAUAAACUUUAUGACAAUCUUGAUAUGCAUGUUACUAUGUAUGUUUCCAUAUGUUCUGACAAUCUCACAGUAUCCAUGGCAAGGGAUACUUUCUGUCAGUCAGCUGAGGACCAUUGGUUAAAUGGACCCAAAUUGCAAAUAGACGUAGCACAUUUACCUAAGCACACUCUUUCGGCUUGCACACUUCAGCAUUAGUCGCCCGCCAUUUAUUUCAUAAUUUAAACCGAAAAUACAGUUUGUAAUUUUAUUGAGAAGUCAGGGAAACAGGUACACAUUUGACCUAAGAAACAUUUUGCUUUUCACCAAGUGCCUGAGUUUCCCUUAAACCUGUAUGGAUCUUGAUACCACAACUGCUAGCAUUAUAUGUUGAACAGAUGAAUAAAUACGAGUAGUUUGACAAUA